CGAACGACACGAGUCUUUGAGCAUCCAUCUCUCGCAGACGAACAGAGGCAGACAGACCGGCGACGGCGAACGCCCCCGACAUGGCGCAAUCGACCUCGCCUUUGCCUCCUUCAACUCACGUCCGCCCCGAGACGGAGGGCCGCGAGUCACUCGUGCAAUACAUCCUCUCGCCCUCCUUGUUGCAUUCGAGCGAUGCUCUGCCCAGUAAUCGCGGCAGAUCGUUGCUGGUUCACUCGCUAGCAUAUCAUUUGGACCUGCUAGACCUGCCCAGCGUUGCAGAGCUGGGUCGCGAAAGAUCCGCUUCGUCUGCCGAUGAUGUGGGUGGGGAGAUAGUUGGGGCGCAGGACGAGGAUGAGGAGACCAACCUCGCGAGAUGUCUUGCUGGCGAUCUACAGGCUGCCGAUUGUAUGGACGACGCAGCAUACAGCAACGUUGAUCGUAGACGAGCCAAGGUACUGAUCCCAUCCAGGGGCAAAAGGCGCGAUUUGGAAAUAUAUCACACCCACGAAUACGUGGACGCGCUGCUGAGCGGCGAGCCCGCUUCUCAUCCUCGUCUUGGCAAACGUGGCUCAGCAAGUGGUGUCAUUAAGAGACGCAAGUUGAAUGGGCGUAAAGCGGCAGACUCUGCAGACGAUCCAUGCAUCGCAGCGGCAGACACGUUCGGUCUGAUUGAUGACUCUCCCCCCUUUCCCGAGCUGGCCGAGUACGCUCUUGCACUGAGCAGCGCCUCUACGGCCGCAGGUCAUUUCCUCCGAGACUGGCUCGCAAAGUACGGCUCCAGCUCCGAUGCGGGCGUGUCUAGCAAGCGUGAUGCGCCAAUCAUCAUCAAUUGGGAAGGUGGGAGACACCAUGCCAGGAAAGAUAGAGCGAGCGGGUUCUGUUAUGUGGCAGACGCUGUGUCGGCUAUCCUGGCUAUGCGGAAACGAGUGGUGGACAUCAAAGGCGCCAAGCUGGCGACGAGGGAGGAUGCUGCGGUAGAUGCUGCUGGUGCGAGCGCUUCGAAGGUCUCGCCGGCGCCAACACCCACGUUGGGGUUCGGAGCGCGCCCCGAAGAGAUCAAGAGAGCGCUUGCGCAAAGGAAGACCAGCACGACGCUCACGAAGCCCUCGAAGCCAAGCGUCGUCGACGUCAACACUCUGCGCGCUCAUCCUCCCAGCCAGAAAAUUGACGCCACUGGGCCGCCUGCACGCGCUGAUCGUAUUCUCUAUCUGGACCUGGAUCUGCACUGGGGUGAUGGCGUGGAAGAGGCAUUCUGGAAUACUGCAGGCGUGCUCACUCUGAGCGUGCACCACUGGGCGCCCGGCUUCUUCCCUUGCGGUGCAACAGGUGCUUCUCGUGCAGACUCGACGAGCGUAUCGCUGGAUGGCAAGAGACACGCAAAGAGCGACAUCGAAGGAGAUGCUCCGGGUGCUCUGAGAGCGAGUACGGGACCGCGUCAGGCUCCAGUUCAUGCCCUCAAUCUGCCGCUCAGGGAAGGUGCCAGCGAUGAUACGUUCAAACGAGUCUGGAAAUGCAUCGAGAGCGUCCGAGAAGCGUAUCAGCCUCGGGCUGUAGUGGUGCAAGCGGGGGUAGAUGGUCUUUCGACGGAUCCGCACAAGGUCAACAACCUUUCCAGCUCUGCUUAUGCAUGGAUGUUUCGGCGCAUCAAGGGGUGGAAACUGCCCAUGCUGGUGCUAGGUGGCGGUGGCUAUUGCCACGAAGACGCAGCAAGGUCGUGGGCGCUCAUCACAGCGACGCUUCUUGGAAGACAUGCGGACCAUCUCGACGAAGAGACGCGCGCUGAUUCAGUAGAAGAGUCGAACGAGAUUGUCCAAGGUUUAUUGGGCGACCACACGCCCGUUCCGCUGCAUGAUCGAUGGCCCGCGUAUGCUGACCGAGCUACGCUCGGUGUCCCGGCUGGAGGCGCCAGGGAUGUGAACGAUGAGGAAUACGUGCAGAAAGUGGAGAGCGUGUUCAAGCAUCAUGCGGAACGCUUGCGGCACUUUGAAGCGGCGUGAUCCGAGAAGUGUGCUCCUCGGCUGCGCUCCUUGUAAUGCACGUGCGACGCCUUUAGCAAUCCUGUACUCAUCCUCGCAAUGCAUCCUAUUCGUACAG